UUUUCUAUUAACCUAUCUUCAAUUCCAUCUUAAACCUGGUUGUGUGCGAAUGUGGCUUGUGAAAAUUCAGUUUUUUCUGGAAAUUUAGAAUAAGUAGAAUUUGUAGUCUUGAGCACUACUUUGCAGUUGUAAGUUAGUUCUUUUGUUGAACUAUCAAGUGAAGUCUGUGAAUAAAAAAAUCGAUUACCGAAAAUUUCAUCAUGGAUUUCUCACCGAGUCCAGAGAGUGACAAUUCUGGCUACUAUAGGAAUCGGAACCACCGGGACGAUCGAGACCGAAACAACCGUGGACGCUCAAAGGAACGGUAUUAUCGCAAUCGAUACAGUCGCAGCAGAUCGAGAUCAUAUAGCAGAGAGCGUUACAUAAGUAGCAGUAAUCGAAGAAGUCCAGAAAGAGAUCUUUAUCGGGACUUGAUUGAUCAGGAUUAUGGCGAUAACUCUUAUGAUAACAGGGAUCGUGAUCGUUAUCGGCACAGAAGCCGCGAUCGAGAUCGCCGCUCAAGAGACAGGGAACGCAGAGAUCGCGAUAAAGGAAGCAAGCGAAAUUAUUCGCCUGUACAAAACUCGAAUGAUUUUGAUGACCAUUAUGACAGUGGCGAUAAUCAAGAUUUUUUUUAUCAGCAGAAACCUAACAACAAAAUUAUCGUUCGGGGACUAGCUGCUCAUAUAACAGAAGCCAAUAUAAACUGUGACCUUAUACAAUGUGGCCUGCAGGCAUUGCAUGUUCGUUUGAUUCGCAGGAAGAAAACAGGUGCAUCGAGAGGUUUCGCAUUUGUCGAGUUCCGCACAGAAGAGGAAGCAACUCGCUGGAUUUGCUACAAACAGGGCGUGCUUAAUUUCAACGAUCAUCGCGCCGUUAUGCAAUACACCUACUCCUUGCCAGCAGAGAUGCGUGCUAAGGAUAAGCCACAAACGGAUUGGUACUGCGCUAAGUGCGGUGUAUUUAAUUUCAAACGGAGAGAAAACUGUUUCAAAUGCUUUGCUUCUCGCGAGGAAAGCGAAAAAGGCGGUGAAGGAAGCGAUGAAAUAAGUAAUAUUCUCACCAAAAAAAUUAUGCUUCGGAAUUUGGACGUAUUAACCAAUGAGGAAAGUGUUCUGUGUGCUAUGCAAGAGAAAAUCCCAGAUCUUGUGUCGAAAAUUUCUAAAAUCAUGAUAUGCAGAGACCCGUUAACACAAACUUCUCGUGGCAUUUGUUACUUGCAUUUCGAUAACCUAUUGGAUUCGAUGAAUACAUAUAACGCUUUGAGAGCGAUAGAACCUAUUCUGAAGAUCGAUGGUCGAGAAGUUGUAAUCACGUACUGUAUGGACACAGAGAAUCGAAAUCUUGUGAAAGGUGGUAACGGCAGAGCUGCAAACAAUGGAAACAGUUAUCAGGACGCUGGUGGUUCGAGCAUUGGACAAUACCCGAGCAACUAUCAAUACACAAUGGCAGAUGUUCCACGUUUGGCCGAGUAUAGUGCUGCGGUUUAUGCGUCGAAUCCUGCAGAACAUGAGCACUAUUUGCAGUUCUACACUAAUUACUACGUAACGCAAAUCUCACAGGGUCAGAUGAGUAACUUCCCAACAGAGGCACAACUUGGCGAAACAGCCAAUUCUGGUGCAGCCGUGGCACAGUCAGCAUUGGCACGUAAACAAAAUGCGAAAAACAAAUCUGAUUCCUCCACCACGACUGCCUCAUCCUCUGGUCCUGCUGCGAUCAUUGCACCUCAACCGUUGCAAAUCCCGAACGGAACCGAUGGUAAAAAAUAUCCUACUCCUGAUGUCACGCAGUAUCAGUACGAUGAAACAUCCGGUUUCUAUUACGAUCCAUCGACGGGUCUUUACUAUGACCCCAACUCUCAAUACUAUUAUAACAAUGAAACCUGCUCCUACCUCUAUUGGGAUACGGAAAAUAGUACCUACGUGGCAGCCCCAUCGUCGUCCGCUACUAGUGCAGCAGGGAGUGCAUCCGACGCAGCUGGUUUGUCAGUCACCGCUAACAAUGGAGACAAGGCUGAGAAAAGUAAAAAAGAACAGCCGCAUGAUAAGGUUAAGGUGGCUAAGAAAAUUGUCAAAGAUAUGGAAAAAUGGGCAAAGCAACUAAACCAGAAAAAGGACUAUAGCGUCUUGCAACCUCCGGCGAAAGUGGAAGAAGCGACGCUCUAUUCGUCGCAAGGUCAAAUAUCCGUCAAGCCUUCUGAAUCUUCCGGCGGUUACGCUGACGUAGGAUUUUCGCUGCUGGAGAAAAAGCAGAGUUCACAGGCGGUAUCAAACUUUUUAAUGAAUCAGGCAAAAACUGCUACGAGCAAAGCGCCAGCUAGCCAAAUAGUUUCAACUUAUGGCGGAUCGGAUUCAGACAAUGAUGGCGAUGAAGGAUCGGCGGAACGAGAAUAUGUUGAUUUUGAAAGGCUUACUUGUUUGCUAUGUAAACGUGCAUUCCAAUCGCAGGAAAUACUCAACAAGCAUUUGAAAAUGUCCUCGUUGCACAAAGAGAACAUGCAGAAAAUCAGUCUUCAGAAAGGAGGUGCUGGUCCUAGUGGUAUGAACAACAAAGGGGGAGCCUACCGGGAUCGAGCAAAAGAAAGGAGGUUGAAAUACGGUGAAGCAGAUCCUCCGCCGGUGAACAAAAGCAAGGAACGGUUCCAACGCGAGCUAGAGAAACAGACUCAGGCGGCUUAUUCUGCACCGAAUCUAGCAGCAGUUCCCAUUAGUCAGAACAAUGUUGGCAACAAACUACUACAGAAGAUGGGAUGGUCCGAGGGGCAAGGUCUAGGAAGAAGCAAUCAAGGUCGUACUAAUAUAAUUGAGACUGAAACAAGGAUUGCAAACGCAGGGCUGGGAAUUAAAGCGUCACAUUACGGCAACACUGGGGACGAUUACAAGACGUACAUCAAAAAGAUGAUGAAAUCCCGAUACGAACAGGUAGAUAUUAAAGACUAGAACCUCUGCUUAGCUUUUUGGCUACCUAUGCUUCAAAGGCGACGCUGAUGUCGGCGUUUCUAAUGCUUUAGUUUGCUAAUCUACGUUGUAAAAAUGAGAACUCCUAAUAAUUAAGCAUUAUUUUGAA